AUGCCUACAUCAUAUUUAGAUAUCUCUGGUGAUAAUGACGAUUAUGCACCAUCAAUCUAUACAUUCUUUGACAAGGAAAGAUACUUUUUCGAUUCACCUGAAGGUUGUCAAAGAGUGAUCAAAGAGAGAACAAGUAUCAAACUUAGUAAAAUUGGAGGCAUCUUUAUCACUAAUCUCUCUUGGGACACUAUAGGUGGCCUGUUUGGCAUUCUCUACAUUUUGGCUGGUAUCGAUACCGUCAAAGAUGUCAAUGUAUAUGGACCUAGAGGAUUAUAUAACAUCUUUUAUCAUGCAAGACAAUUCUUUAAUGUAUCAAUGAAAACAAAUAUAUUUGAAAUGAAUGAUCGUAAUUGUGAGGAGUUACCAGAAUGUACUUCAUCGAUGAAUGUUACAAGUAUACCGAUUUGGAGUAAAAAGGAUCAGGUAAAUGAUGGUGGGCCUACCAUUCAAGAGGCAUUUGAAAAACGUGUCUAUCACAAUUUUAUCAAUCCAGAGGAAUGGUUAAAGAUGAUGAAUGAAGGUGCCCCAUUGGACGUGUUGUAUAAACACGUUGUCAAACCAUCAACAGUGGAAACUGAUCGUAGUUCUGUCAUUUGUUAUCUUGGAAAGACCAAACCUUCACCUGGUAGAUUCUACCCCGAAAAGGCUGUUGCCCUAGGUAUUCCUCGAGGUGCCAUGUUUCAAAAGUUAAUUGCUGGUGAAUCAAUUGUCUCACCCAAAACAAAUGAAUUGGUUCAUCCUCAUCAAGUUUCUGAUCCUACAGUUCCCGGUUCCAAAUUCUUAAUUGUUAAAUGUCCAUCAAUUGAAUAUUUUGUUAGUUUAUUUAAUCAAUCUGUUAUUGUUGAAUAUCAAAACAAUCAAACUGAACCAAUCAACAUUGUUGUACAUUUAACGCCAGCAUCUGUGAUUCAACACGAAGAAUAUCAAGCAUUUAUGAACAAGUUUGGUAAUACCACCAAACACAUUAUUGCAAACAGAGAUAAUUGUCCAAUGGCACAAUCCUAUUAUAUUCCCGAAAAGGAUAUUACCAAGUUUUCUCAUUUCUUCCCAACCAUGUUCCCAGGACAAUGGGUCACCAAUGAACCAACCUUGUUGCCAGUGUCUGUCCAAAACGACAAUGUAGUCGUUUGCAAAAAGGUGACUCGAGGAACCAUCAUGCCUGCUCAAUCGGUUGGAAAGGUUGAAGUGGUUGAAAUGCAUGAAGGAUUGGCAGAGGAUGCUGAAAGCAAGUUUUACGACUUUUUAUACGCACACCCAAAGGCAAUUGAAUUGCGUACAAAGACUCUUGCUCUCUGUCAACAGUUGGAGGAAACAAGAGACGAGCAAUCAAAUGUGUAUCCGAGAGUUUUGUUUACUGGCACUGGCGCUGCAAAGCCAACAAAAAAUCGUGGCGUCACUGGUCAUCUAAUUGAAACUAAAAAGGAUUGCUUUAUGAUUAUGGAUGGUGGUGAAGGUACGUUGGCCCAAAUCACAAGAUUCUAUGGUCGUGAGCAAGUCAAGGAUAUUUUGUUCAAUCUUCGUUUAAUUUGGGUAUCCCAUAUGCACGCCGAUCAUCAUUUGGGUAUUCCUUCUAUUCUAGAAAAGAGAGAAAAGUUGGCAAAGGAAUGCAAGGUCGAUAAUUUACCAAAGGUUCUUGUCGUUGGUCCUAAAGAUUUCCAACUUUGGAUUACAUCUUUAAAUACCAUCAUUCCAAUCGACCAUUUAUCAUUUGCUUAUGAUGAAUCAAAUGAUAUCAUUUCUCAAUACUACCAAUAUUUGGGUAUUAAAUCAUUAUCAAAUGUUCAAGUAGAUCAUUGUCCCGAUGCUAAAGGUGUUGUUAUUGAAUUGGUAAAUGGUUUUAAAUUAAGUUUCUCUGGAGAUACUAGACCAUGUGAACAAUUCAUCAAUGCAGGAAGAGAUUCAGAUUUGAUGAUUCAUGAAGCAACAUUUGAAGAUGACAAGGUAGAAGAUUCGAUUGAAAAGAAACAUUCAACCAUUGGAGAAGCUUUAACUGUUGGUAAACGAAUGAAUGCCAAAUGGUCCAUCCUCACCCAUUUCUCUGGAAAGACUAAAACAUCCGUAUCGAUUGAUACUAGUGCUGUUGGAGAAAACUUUGGUAUGGCAUUUGAUUUCCUUAAUAUCUCUCCCUAUCAAUACCCAUUGUUGAAAUAUCUUAAUGAAUUACAAGAACUUCAACAAGAAUUACAAAAUAAAUAA